UCAACUCACUCCUCCAUUGUUCUGUAAUAAGAUAAAACGCCUCCUAAAUCCUUCCAGCCUUCCUCUCUCGGUCGUUACUAUAGCAACCAGAACUGUAAAGAAUGAUAAGAUCACUUCCCUUACCUUCAUCUCCUUCUUUGAUUUUGGAAGUUAACGAUCUUCACCGUUCGAGGUCAUCUUCUAGGGCUGCAUCGACGAUCUGUUCUUCUUCUUCAAGAAGCAAUGCUUAUAUUCCAAAGCUCGAACCUUUCAGCAGAAGCAAGAUAGAUCGACGUCUUAAAGAACCUUCCUUCAUACAGAAGACUGAAAGCGAGCUUGCAGAUUACUGUUCGACUCUAGAGGGAGAUGCAUCGUACAGCUGUUGGAGAGCAUACUUCGAAUUGAAAGAUCUUGAAGAGGAGUCGUCGAAAGAAGACAUUGAGAAGCUGCUUAUUCAGACGGGGGGAGUAAAACCUCUAAUCGAUUGCGUUCAUGGGAUUUCGGCUAUGCACAAAAAGAAAAAGGAGGAUGCUGGAUCUCUGAAACAAUCGGAUGCGGAGAUACAAGAGUUGAAACCUUUUCCGGUGCCGGACGGAUUGCCCAAGUCACGGGAAGAGGUGGAGGAAGAAGACAAUGGCAGAAUGCCCGAUUCCCCCUUCACCAGACUCCUCAGAACCAAGGGGAGGUUCCCUGCUUGGUAUUCUCCUGCUCCAGAUCACGAAACCGAUUAACAGGAGUCAGGAUUCAGGAGUGAGUAGACUAUGUUCCAUCAUUCCCAGUAAAUAAUAUAUACAUAGGAUAGGGCUAUCAUCUGUGAUGCUGAUAUCUAAUCUGUAGAUUAAUGUGUGUGGUGUAAACUGUAAGAUGAUUGGGCAAUUUACCUAUUGCUAAGCUAGAAUUUGAUUUUAUUAUUUUA